UCAUGGCAUGUGUGCUUUGCUUCUGGCUGCCAGGAGUGGUGCUGCAAACACCCUGAAGGUGCUGCUUGAGGGCAAAGCGGAUGUGGAUGUGAAGGGUGAUGGUGUCACUGCAUUGAUGCAUGCUGCGGGAGAGGAUCAUGCUGACGCUGUUGAGGUUCUGCUGCAACAUGGUGCGAAUGUGGACCUGCAAGAUCGAGAUGGGCAGAGCGCCUUGAUGUAUGCCACGCAGAAGAAUGCCACGAUUCGACCGCGGCACAAUUUCGCACCCAUGGUGGAGUACAUCAACAACUGUUCGCAUCUUCCAUCGGUCAUGGAUCUGCUCUUGGAAGCGCAUGCCGAUUUGGCCCCUGGGCUGUGGAUGGGAGCCAUCCAAAAUGGUAGGAAAGCCACACGAGUUGCGCGAUAAGAAGGGCAAGCGCGCUUUAGAUCUUGCAGGAGCAAAGGCACAUCACUUGCUGCUGACAUACCACAAUCAGUUGGAGUUGAGGAGGCAGCAGCCGCCCGUGCGUCCCAAAGCCCCUGUAACGGGGGCACCGGCUGCGCCUCUUUCGCCUCCGUAACGGAGAGUGUCCAGCGCUAGCCCAUCCUAGAAGGAUUAUGGCAACGAGGAUAUAGACAGCAGGGAUUUAUAUAGCCUCUGG